AUGCGCACGAAGUUGAAGGAAGUGUCGGGCAUUGAUUGGUUCGAUGGCGCAGUGAUGAACUGCAAAUGGACUGGACCACUACUCAAAGACGUCCUCAACAAAGCUGGCGUGAAAGUGGAGAAAGAGAAGUGGAGCGAUGCACAUGUUGCAUUCUCGUGCUUCCAAACACCAACCCAGGACGACGAGUACUACGGCGCCAGUAUACCCUUGUCACGAGCCAUGGAUGCCAAUAGUUCGAUCAUAGUCGCCUUGCAGAUGAACGACAAGCCCCUCACGCCGAAUCACGGCGCACCGGUCAGAAUUGUCACACCGGGUAUCGCUGGUGCGAGGAGUGUCAAGUGGCUGGACCGCAUCACUGUGCAGAUGAGCGAAAGCAGUAGCUACUACCAGCAGCAUGACUACAAAAUCCUACCACCGGAGGCCGACUGCAAGGAGAAGGCUGAAGAAUGGUGGGGCAAAGUCGGAGCACUGCAAGAUAUGCCGAUCAACAGUGUCAUUGGCGUGCCGAAAGCAGGGUCGACCGUUCAGCGAGAUGAGGACGGAGCAAUAGAGGUCAAAGGCUACGCUCUGCCAAGUGGAUCUGACGGGCCAAUCACCAAGGUCGAGGUCAGCGUUGAUGGCGGAAGGACGUGGGUGGGCGCAGAGCUGGACCAAAGCCACGAAGACAAAGACGCAGAAUUGAAGUGGGCUUGGACUCUGUGGAAGGUGAGAGUCAAGGUUGAGAAAGGCAAGGACGUUGUCAUCUACAGCAAAGCAACAGAUGGGAGCGGGAACACGCAACAGAAGAGUGUUGAGUGGAACUUUCGAGGCGUGGGAUACAAUGCAUGGGGGGAGGUGUCUGGCAUCGAAGUCGUUUGA